AUGAAAUUCGUGAGUAACUUUUUUUAUAUUUUCAGGUUAAUUAUAAUUAAUUAAUUCAUUUUAAUGGAUUCAAAUUUAAAUUGAUUUUACAAUUAUUAUAUUUCUUAGGUAUUAUUAUUUGUAAUUGGUUGUUUAGUAUUAAAUUUAAUUGAAUGCAACCCAGUUGAAUUAGUAUCUCUAACAAAUAAAAGAGAUGACUCUGGUCAAUUUUUAUCACGGUAAGAAAUUAGUUAAUAUUAGUUUGUAAUAAUUAAGUUAUGUUAUAUUUAAUUACACCUUUAAUAGCUAUAAACUAGAUGAUGGCACUGGAGAGGAAAAAAUGGGUAAACUAUUACCAAAUGACAAAGGACAGGAUGCAAUUCUUGUUCAACGAGGUUCAUAUACUACAAAUGUUGAUGGACGACUUAUAACAUACAAUUGGAUAGCUGAUACAAGAGGUUUUAGAAUAUCAAAGGCUUGA